AUGCCAAAACUAUUGUUAAUCAGAAACCUAAAUAUUUCAAAUUUGUCAAUUGCUAAAAGAUCAUUUUCCAAUUGGUAUUUACAAGCUAAUGCUAUUUCAAACUUAAAGAAACAGAAUCAAACCUUUUUAGCAGUAAGAGAUGAAAAUGAAUUAUCAUCAACAAUUUUGCAAUCAGGUAAUAUACCACUCAUCUUGAACUUUUCAGAAAGAAAUAAUACCACUUCAAAUAAAAUAACAGGUGCCCUAACAAGAAUCAUUUUAUUAGAAACUGAGAAGAAUGUUAAUGCAGUAGAUGUUGAAAUGGAAUGGGAUGAUAACAAACAUUUGCCUGAAAAAUUCGGUGUUACUUCACUGCCUUGCUUAGUUGCAGUGAGAAAUAAAUUCCCAGUUGAUUAUUAUGUACCUAAAGACCUGUCAAAGACAGAUGUUGACUGGUAUGGACUAAAGAGUUGGAUAGAAAAAAAUGCUGAUUGA